GGCGGGUUUCAUCGCAACGGCGUCACUUCCCAAAGUUCUGCGAUGGUGAACCGUGCGGACGGUCUGCUUCGGCAGAUUCGCACGCUCAUGUGGAAGAACCGUCUGCUCAAGCAGCGGCAUUACUUCGCGACCACUCUCGAGAUUGCCAUCCCGGCGCUCAUGGUGAUCUUGUUUGCGUACUUCAAGACUCUCCAGCCCAACACGCCGAUCGACGCAGGAUUCGUGAGCAGUGAAAGAAGCGUGAGCAUGUUCCAGACGGACAACACUCGCGUGGGCAGCAACAUCGGGACGUGGAACAGCCCGAACGCGCCCUCCUUUGGGUUCACCGAGUCGUCCAUGACAGCGCUCUUGAUGGCACUGCCGUAUCAAGCAUUGGACGACUUUCAGCGAAAUUCGACGAACCAACUCAUUCAAUCUGACAUGACAGUAUGUAAAACCAAGUUUCUGUACCUCGGUUACACAAACACCGACCCUGCUUCCCCGUUUGCCGUCCCCGCGGAAUGCCGAGGCAAGUUUAUCCCGUACAAGCUCGCUAUUGCACCUAAGAACGACUUUACCGUCAACUACUUCAGUCAAACCAUGGCUGCGUGGUACCCGGAGGUUCCGCUGUCGAACCGCUCAACGAACGCGUUCAACGCGACGCCGAUCGUGCCGAGUUGGUCUAACUCGGUGAUGUUCUUCGACUCGGCCGAUGCCCUGCAAGACUAUGUUUCGGGCACGAAUUAUGGCACGGACACGGCUCAUCCAAAAAUUUACGCUGGCAUAGUCUUUGACUCGUUCCCGUCGGGUGGCCAGAUUGGCACGGCAGCCCCCAUCGAGUACACGAUUCGUAUUGACUCGACACAACGCGAAGGCGGAGACGUCGGAAAUGUUCCCCACACCGCUAACAACGACCCCAAAUUUGUCAACCCAUUGCAAAAGAACAUCAAUGUUCGGCACUACAACACGUACGUCCGCCGCGGCACGAACACGCUGCAGACGCUCGUGACCAAGUUCCUUGCGUGCCUUCCGACAUGGAACAGUGUCGGGAAAACCACCAACGGCACGUGUCAGCAACCCCAGUCGCUUGCCGCGUCGACGACGUCGGUGAUGAAUCGAUUGACUCGACAAAUCUUGAAUGACGAAGUCCUUCGAUAUGCGCUACAAAUGGUGGCUGGUGAUCCGCAACUCGGAAUUGGAAUGUCAGUGCCCAUGCUCUUGGACAGCUUGCCACCGGCAUCGGCCGCAGCCCUUCUACGACCGCUCAAGCAAGCGCCCCAAGCAACUUUGGGCGCGACGACGUAUCCGUUUCCGAUCCAAGCGUACAUCGAAGCUCCUUUUUACAGCAUGGUGUCGCAAGUGUUUUCGACCAUUUUUAUCUUGGCGUACUUGCACGCCGUGUCGCGGGUGAUUGUGGUGCUGACGCAAGAAAAGGAAACUCGCGCGCGCGAGCUCAUGAAGAUUCUCGGUGUCCGCGACUCCGCGAUCGUAUUGUCGUGGUACAUCACGUACUUUUUGAUCUUUUUGGUGAGUUCGAUUCUGGCGGGCCUCGCAGGCACGGCGCUGUUCCCCAACACGAGCUUUGGUUACCUCUUCAUUCUCUUCUUUCUCUACUCGACGUCCAUUUUUGCGUACGGAUUUCUUGUGUCGUGCAUCUUUUCCAAUUCCAAGACGGCCGGGACUGCCGGCAACGUCGUGUACUUUAUCUUGGCGUUCCUGGGGAACUUUGCCACGUCGUCGCUCGAACCGGUCAAGAUGACGUUCUCGCUCUUGUCCCCCGUAGCCUUCACCUUUUGCAUUGGGACGUUGUCUAACGUCGAAAGCGUCUCUACCGGUCUGACGGCAGCCAACGCAAAUACUGUCUACAACAACUUCCGUUUUCAAGGGGGCCUCGGCAUGCUCGUAUUGGACACGAUCUUGUACACGGCGUUGGGAUUGUAUCUGCAAGAAGUGCUGCCGCAGGAAUACGGCACCCCUCGCAAAUGGUACUUUCCAUUGCAGGUGUCGUUUUGGCGAGGGCGCGGCGUCGUGCACGCGCGAGACUGCGACAAAGUCAUGGAGAUUGUCCAAGACAUGAGCAAUGUAGAGCCGGUCGGCGUAGAAAUGCAGGCGCAGGAGAACGACGGUCGAGCGUUGAAGAUUCGCGGGAUCCGCAAGACUUUUCAAACCCCGAUGGGCAUCACGAAAGUGGCCGUGAAUGGCGUGGACUUGACCAUGUACCAAGACCAAAUCACGUGUCUAUUGGGCCACAACGGCGCGGGCAAGACUACGUUGAUUUCGAUCCUGACUGGCAUGAUCCCGACGACGACGGGAAAUGCAUUCUUCAGUGGCCACUCGAUCCUGGAGAACAUGAAGGAAAUCCGCCAGUCCCUGGGCAUGUGUCCUCAGCACGACGUGCUCUAUGCGGACAUGACUGUCGAGGAACACUUGAUCUUUUACGGCCGCAUCAAGGGCUACUCUGGUGCCGAGUUGAAGGACGUUGUCAACAAAAAAAUCGCCGAAGUUGGGCUCACGGAAAAGCGCCACGUAUUCACGGCCAGUUUGUCCGGGGGCAUGAAGCGCAAGCUGAGUGUGGCGAUUGCACUGCUCGGGGACAGCCAACUUGUCUUUUUGGACGAACCAACGUCUGGCAUGGACCCGUACAGCCGUCGAAGCACUUGGGAGUUGAUCCUGAACAAUCGCAUGAACCGCGUGAUUGUGCUGACGACGCACUUUAUGGACGAAGCCGACAUUCUUGGCGACCGAAUUGCGAUCAUGGCCGAGGGCAAACUGCGUUGCUGCGGCUCGUCGCUGUAUCUCAAGAACAAAUUUGGCGCUGGGUAUACGCUCACCUUGGCGAAGACAAACCUCUCGACGCCGAGCCAUGAGAUUGCCUUGAUGUCGUUCAUUCAGAGCCACAUUCCGUUGGCCACGUUGCUGAGCAAUGUCGGUUCCGAGAUCAGCUUUCAACUGGCGAUUGAGAGUUCGCCCAAGUUUCCCGAGAUGUUUCAGGAGUUGGAGACGCCAGCGAAACAAGAAGAGUUGGCAAUUUCGUCGUUUGGUGUCUCCGUGACGACGCUUGAAGAAGUGUUUAUCAAGGUGGCGGAAAUCAGCGACGACGAUGGUCAGCACACGCUGGACAAGCACAAAUCGGGCGACAAAUCGUCCGCGUCAAGCUAUUCGGUCCAGGGUCUCGAACGAUCGGCGAGUUCCUUGUUUUUCCAGCACCUCUUUGCCUUGAUUCAAAAGCGCUUUCGCGUCGCGAAGCGCGACAAGAAGUCGAUGAUCUUCAGUAUUAUGCUGCCAAUUGUGUUUUUAUACAUCGGACUGAGCUCGCUAGCCAACAGUUCGUUGCUGUUCAACGAUCCAAAGAUCCGCCUCGACCCUUCUAUUCACUAUCCCCAAGGCCAAAGUACCCCAGCUCCGUUUAUGUGCGCAAAGGACGACGGCGGAGUGUGCACCAAGUGGGGCCAGCAGAUCCAACGCGCCACGCCAGCUCCACUCAUGGCGUCGGUAUCGCCCAACCCAACGCUCAAAAUCUUUGGCAUAUGGUACAACACAUCAGAUCCCGAACUUCAAGCAAAGUUCGGGCCCCAUGCAGACACGUGCUUACUUGUGGCCGACAAAGUGUUCCACCGUGCGUACACCGACAUGAUCGAUGGACAAUUUGGCGCGUUUGUCCUGUACGCAUCGACGUCCGACCAAAUUCUGAGCUACAACAUGCUGGUCAACACGACGGCAACGCACGCAGCGGGUGUGUUCAAGGCCGCUUUGGACGAAGCUCUAGUUCAAAUGCUCCAUGGAAAGUUCCCAGUCACGGUGAAUUUGUACCCUUUUCCACUGACAGCGUCGGUCAAAGCGCUCUUUAGCUCGGCGCUGUCGUUCUUGGCAUGCAUUAUCAUUUCGCUAGCCAUGUCGUUCUUUCCAGCGUCGAUCGUCAUAUUCCUUGUCAAAGAGAAGACCAACGAACACAACGCCAAGCACCAGCAACUCGUUUCUGGUGUCAGUUUGCCAGCGUUCUGGCUCGCCAAUUACGUGUUUGACGUUCUGCUGUACGUGAUCCCGCUGGCGGCAGCGCUCAUCAUGAUCAACACGUUCAAGAUUCAGAGCCUCACGGGCACAGACUGCCCUGCUUGUGCGACGGACACGCCCGCUGCAAUUGUCACGAUCUUUGUCCUCUUUGGCUUGGCAAUCAUCCCAUUCACUUACUGCAUGUCGUACGUGUUCAAGAACCACGCGACGUCGCAAAAUUACACGCUACUCGUCAACAUCUUGCUUGGCCUCGUCCUCAUGAUCGCAUCCUUCGUGAUGAACCUGUUCGAGUCGACUAAAACCGCCAACGCGUCGCUCAUAUACAUCUGGCGCCUGUCGCCACUCUUUUGCCUCAGCAAUGGCUUGCUAAAGUUGUGUUUGCAUUCGCUGCUUGGUCUCUUUACCAAGAGCGGUGCCGUCAGCGCGUUCAGCGACGACAUCAUGGGGUACGAGAUCAAGUACUUGGCCGUGCUGUCGGUCGUCUACUUGGCAUGUGCCACUGGGAUCGACCUCGCACUCAGCUUCCCCAAGAUCAAAUCUUUCUUUGUCCGCGACCCCAACUUGCCCACCAAGGUGUACGAAGAAGACAAAGAUGUUGCUGAUGAAGCCAAGCGCGUCUUCGAUGGCCGCGCCGACCAAGAUACGAUCGUGAUCAAACAGUUAAAAAAGGUUUACAGUGGCAACAAGAUUGCUGUGCGAAACCUCUCGUUUGGUUUGCACAGGGGCGAAUGCUUUGGGUAUCUGGGGAUUAAUGGAGCGGGCAAAACGACCACAAUGAAGAUGCUGACCGGUGACAUCUUGCCGUCGAGUGGCCGAGCAACGCUGGGCGGGUUUGACAUCCUCACGCAGCAACUCCAAGUGCGCCGACUCGUGGGAUACUGCCCCCAGUUCGACGCGCUCUUCGAUCUUCUCACUGUUCGCGAACACUUGGAGUUGUUCGCAAAGAUUAAAGGAGUGCCGCGGAAGGACGUCAACUUGGUCGUGAUGGAGAAGAUGCGUCAGAUGAACCUGAACUCGUUUGAACACAAACUCGCGGGAACGUUGAGUGGUGGCAAUAAGCGCAAGUUGUCCGUGGCCAUGGCCAUGAUCGGGUCUCCGCCCAUCAUCUUCUUGGACGAGCCUUCCACGGGGAUGGACCCUGUCUCGCGCCGGUUUAUGUGGGAUGUGAUUGCAGAUGUCUCCACGACACAGAAAGAGUCAACAAUUGUGCUGACAACGCAUAGCAUGGAGGAAUGCGAGGCCCUGUGCACCCGCGUGGGCAUCAUGGUUGGCGGACGCUUGCGUUGCUUAGGAAGCGUGCAGCAUCUCAAGAGUCGCUUUGGAGACGGGUUCAUGGUCCAUGCCAAACUCGAACUGGCAACUCGUGACGCCAUUACCGCUUUCUUCGACGCGUCCGUCAAAGCCCAUUGUGUCACCCCAUCGCUUGAAUGGGACAUCACCCACGAUGACGCUGUGAAGCUGUGUAAGACGCUUGGGGCGCCUGAGCGCGCGGACUGGUUAACAUCCAAGCAUGCCACCGGAUAUGCGUUGGAAGCGGUGUGGGAAAGCAAAGGCAAGCUUCCAGUAGGCACGUUCUGCGCGUGGUGGGUCGGCGAGACGAGAUUUGAACAGCUCCAAGCGUACUUGACGAAGACGUUUGUGAAUGUGACGUUGCUCGAACGCCAGAACGAGCACAGUCGGUUCAAGCUCCACGAGCACGGGGACACCCCGCUCCGUCUGUCGAGGGUGUUUGCCAAGAUGGAAGAGAGCAAGCCAACCUUGUUCAUGAACGAGUACAGCGUGUCGCAGACCACGCUCGAGCAGAUCUUCAACUCGUUUGCGAAGGAACAGGAGGAAGAGAAAAUCGUCGCCCGCGGCAUUGCCACCAAGUAGCGCGAUGACAUCCCUGUUGAUACAUAUAUUCAUUUGUCUUUACCGA